UAAUCAGCAACUCCUCUCACGGAGGAUCCAACCUCUCAACUCGCUCUCAACUCGAAGAGAGAGAGAGAGAGAGAGAGAGAGAGAGAGAGAGAGAGAGAGAGAAAUGGAACAAGAACAAGAACAGCAGCUCGCCAGAUGGGAUGGCUAUGUGGACUGGGGGAACAGGCCUGCACUCAGAGGCCGCCACGGUGGCAUGCUCGCCGCCUCCUUCGUAUUGGUUGUGGAGAUAUUGGAAAACCUGGCAUAUCUGGCAAAUGCAAGCAACUUGGUGAUGUAUCUAUCAGAGUACAUGCACUUAUCUCCAUCUAGAUCGGCCAAUAAUGUCACGAAUUUCAUGGGAACUGCUUUUCUUUUGGCUCUUCUUGGAGGUUUUCUAUCAGAUGCUUUUUUCACAACUUAUCGCAUCUACCUGAUAAGUGCGGCCAUCGAAUUUCUGGGGCUGGUGAUACUCACUGUGCAAGCUCGCUCUCCUUCGCUGAAACCACCGUCGUGCAACCCAGCCAACCCCAACAUUCCAUGCCAAGAAGUGGAUGGUGCAAAGGCUGCAAUGCUGUUUUUAGGGCUCUAUCUGGUGGCGCUUGGUGUUGGAGGGAUAAAGGGCUCGCUGCCAGCUCAUGGGGCAGAGCAAUUUGACGAGAGCACACCGAAAGGAAGGAAGCAGAGAUCAACCUUCUUCAAUUACUUUGUCUUCUGUCUUUCAUGUGGAGGCCUAAUUGCUGUCACGUUUGUUGUGUGGAUUGAAGAUAACAAAGGAUGGGAGUGGGGAUUUGGAAUCUCUACAAUUGCCAUAUUUUUGUCUAUCCUUGUCUUUCUCGCUGGCUCAGCCACUUACAGGAAUAAGAUUCCUUGUGGAAGUCCCCUCACAACUAUUUUCAAGGUUUUGAUUGCUGCUGCAAUUAACACUUCCAUAAGAAAAACUCCAAGCAAUGCCGUAGCAAACCUGAAUGCAAGCCCUUUCAGUCCAACCCAAGGCGGCCAGGAAUCAGAGGAAAAUUCCAAAGACAUGGCACCCAGUACUGAAACUGCAACAAAAAGCUUCAGCUGUCUUAACAGAGCAGUGGUGAAAAGGCCAGUCCACUCAGCGCUAGAAUGCACGGUACAGCAAGUCGAGGAAGUUAAGAUCGUGAUAAAAAUCCUACCUAUAUUUGCUUGCACCAUCAUGCUCAAUUGCUGUCUAGCUCAACUCUCCACAUUUUCUGUACAACAAGCUGCUACCAUGAACGCCAAGCUUGGUUCCUUGAAAAUACCCCCAGCUUCCCUUCCAUUUUUCCCUGUAGUCUUCAUCAUGGUCCUAGCGCCAAUUUACGACCAUUUCAUCAUUCCAUUCGCUAGGAAAGUGACUAAAUCUGAAAUGGGCAUCACUCAUCUACAAAGAAUUGGCAUUGGUUUAGUUCUUUCUAUAAUAGCAAUGGGAGUUGCAGCUCUCGUCGAAAUCAAGAGGAAGAGAGUUGCUACAAAUUCAGGGCUGCUAGACUCGACUGAUCCAUUGCCCAUCACAUUAUUCUGGAUUGCUUUCCAGUACUUGUUCUUGGGAUCAGCAGAUCUUUUCACCUUGGCAGGGUUGUUGGAAUUUUUCUUUACGGAGGCACCCACGGGGAUGAGAUCCUUAGCAACGUCUCUUUCUUGGGCCUCCUUGGCCACUGGAUACUUCCUGAGUUCAGUAAUUGUAUCAAUAGUAAACAAUAUUACAGGAAACUCCACAAACCGACCAUGGCUGUCUGGCAACAACAUAAAUCACUAUCACCUGGAACGAUUCUACUGGCUGAUGUGUGUGCUAAGUGCUGUGAAUUUCUUGCAUUUCCUUGUCUGGGCCAACUGGUACAAAUAUAGAUCAACAAGAGGUAACUAGCAAAAUCAAAUUACGUAUUCGAUAUAGCAGAAUGCCCUGUAUAAACCAGAUGAAAUGGUUGCGCUAAGCGACCCUUGGCUGUAUAUGAGAUGAAUUGCUGGAUUCAUUGCCGGCCAAUGCAUGGGGGGUAUCAGAUAGUAGGAGAUUAAGGCAGUGCCAGUUUCAGAGGAAGGGUUUAGAGUAAUUUUACCCUGUAAUCACUGUUUUUCAGCUAGUUCAUUUUGUUUAAGGAAAA